UGAUCAAUAGCAAUCAUCAAAGCAUAUUUGAUAUUUGUUGGGAUGAUUUCAAUUAUAUUUUCUUUGACAUGUAUUCAAAUAUGUUGUUUACUUGGGAAUUUUUAAUCUUAUUAAACAAAUGACUAGUUAAAUUAAAUAUGUUAUUAAUUGUCUAAUGUCUUGUUUCCAUUACUAAUUGAAUUUUGUCACUAUUUUUCUUGUUGUGUUGGAACUUAAUUUUACUUGUUUCUACAGGUGUUCCUAGAUAGAGAAAAUUUCAAUUCUCAAUCAUUCUAUGUUUAAUAAAAAGAGAACUUACUUGUUAAGGUGAGACCAUUUUGGGAAAUUGCUUAAAAAAUGAUAAAGAUGAUCUUACUCACUUCAAAAAUGGUCUCAAAGGUUCUAACAACCAGAUUUCAUCAUGGAGAGGGCUCGAUUAUUGUCAAUGGGAGGGAAUUGAUUGUGAAAAUAAAAUGGGAGUUGUUAUUUCAGUUGAUCUUCAUAACCCACAUUCUCCCGAUGAAGCAUAUGAGAAUGAAACUUCUAUGAACUUGAGUGGAGAGAUUAGGCCUUCAUUGAUAGAACUCAAAUCCUUGAGAUAUUUAGAUUUGAGUGGGAACUUAUUUGAGCAUAUUUCAAUUCCUGAAUUCUUUGGAUAGUUAAAAAAUUUAGAAUAUCUAAACCUAUCAAAUUGUGGGUUUAGUGGUGCAAUUCCUCCUAGCUUGGGAAACCUCUCUAAUUUGAAAUUUCUUGAUCUUUCUAGCCAUGAAUCUUUUGAUUUAUUUAUUAAUUUUGAAUCCUAUGAUUUAUAUGUUAAUGAUCUUGAAUGGAUGACUAGUCUUGUUUUACUUUACCAAUAAUGCCAAGUUGUCUCUAGUGUUUUCCUCUGCCUAAUGCUUCUAAGCUUCUCUUGUGGGUGAUUUCUAUAGUUUUGAUAAGCAACAAUCAUCAGACCAUGUUUGAUAUGGAUAUGUGUUCAAGUAUGCCAUCCAUUUGACAUGUUUUAAUCUUAUUAAACUUAUGAUUGAUUAAAAUAUGUGUUAUUUAAUAUCCAAUAACUUGAAGUUUUGAUUACUUAUCAAAUUUCAUCACUAUUUUGAUUCUUCUAUUGAAACUUAAUAUUAAUUACUUGUUUUUAUAGGUGUUCUUGGAUGGAGAAAAUUUCAAUUCUUGGUUUCCUUUUUGUCAUUCUAUGUUUAAUAACAAGAGAUCUUGCUUGCAAGAGUGAAACCCUUGAGGGAAAUUGCUUAAAAGCUGAUCGAGAAGCUCUUCUUGACUUCAAAAAUGGUCUCAAAGAUUCUUCUAACAACCGGCUUUCAUCAUGGAUAGGAGGCAAUUGUUGUCAAUGGGAGGGAAUUGGUUGUGAAAAUAACACAGGAGUUGUUAUUUCAAUCAAUCUUCAUAACCCAUAUUAUCUUGAAGAAGCAUAUGAAAAUUGGAGCUCAAUGAACUUAAGCGGGGAGAUCCGACCUUCUUUGAUAGAACUCAAAUCUUUGAGAUCUUUAGAUUUGAGUGGCAACUCAUUUGAGAAUAUCCCAAUUCCUAAAUUCUUCGGAUCUUUGAAAAAUUUACAAUAUCUAAACUUAUCAAAUUGUGGAUUCAGAGGUGCAAUUCCUCCAACCUUGGGAAACCUUUCUAAUUUGCAAUUUCUUGAUCUUUCUUCCAUUGAAUCUCAGUUAUUUGUUAAGGACCUUGAAUGGAUGACUAAUCUUGUUUCCUUAAGGCAUCUCAAGUUGAACUAUGUCAACCUAUCAAUGGUAGGAUCUCACUGGAUGGAGGUAUUCAACAAGCUUUCAUUUUUAACAGAGUUGCACCUACAACAUUGUGGGCUCUCUAGUUCAAUUUCAUCUCUAAACUCUAUCAAUUUUACUUCACUAUCUGUCAUAAGCAUCAGUGGCAACUCUUUCCGGUCAAAGUUCCCAAUAUGGCUUCUAAACCUUAGCAGCCUUGUAUACAUUGAUGUAAGCUUUAAUCAGUUAUAUGGGCAGAUUUCACCUGGCCUUGGGGAACUACCUAACUUGCAGCACUUGGAUCUAUCUUGGAACAAAAAUCUCACAGGAAGUUUCUCUGAGUUUCUCGAAGAGAUCAAAAACUGCAGUUCUGAAGGUCCUUUACCAGAACUGGGGUAUUUGGACUUGUCCUCGAAUCAAUUAGUGGGCCGAUUGCCAGAACAGUUGAGUCAACUGGAAAAACUUACAUAUCUCGAUCUAUCCCACAAUAAGCUUCAAGGCCCUAUCCCUGCUUCUUUUGGGACAUUCAAAAAUCUGAAUGAGAUGCGGCUUGGAUGGAAUGAACUGAAUGGGAGUCUCCCAGUUAGUUUUGGACAACUUUCUGAAUUGGUUGUAUUGGAAGUUUAUGGGAAUCGCUUGACUGGAAUUCUUUCUGAAGAACAUUUUUCAAAGUUAAGUAAGUUGAAGACUCUGUUGAUGGAUGGAAAUUCAGGUCUCGUUUUGAAUGUUUGUUCCACCUGGGUCCCCCCAUUCCAAAUUGCUGAUCUGAUUAUGGCUUCAUGCAAUUUAGGCCCUUCAUUCCCGACUUGGCUUAGGUCUCAAAAGGAGGUCUCCUAUCUGUAUUUGUCAAAUGCUAGCAUCUCAGGUUCCAUACCCAAGUGGUUUUGGAAUAUGUCUUUUCAUCUGCAGACCAUAAUACUUUAUGACAAUCAGUUACAAGGUCAGCUACCAAAUUCAUUAAAAUUUCCUUCUGGUGAUGCUGUAAUCGAUUUCAGUUCCAACCUCUUUGAAGGACCUAUUCCUUUUUCAAUCAAAGGGGUUUCUUCACUAGAUCUCUCCCACAAUAAAUUUUCUGGCCCUAUCCCACUGAGCAGAGGUGAAUCUAUGUUAGACUUGAAUUACCUUUCGCUUUCGGAAAAUCAAAUAACAGGGACCAUCCCAGAUUCCAUAGGACACAUCACCUCUCUUCGAGUCAUUGAUUUUUCAGGGAAUAAUUUGACUGGAAGCAUUCCUUCUACCAUAAAUAAUUGCUUUAGCCUAAUUGUUCUAGACCUUGGAAAUAACAAUUUAUCUGGGACCAUCCCAGAUUCCAUAGGACACAUCACCUCUCUUCAAGUCAUUGAUUUUUCAAGGAAUAAUUUGACUGGAAGCAUUCCUUAUACCAUAGGUAAUUGCUCUAGCCUAAUUAUUCUUGACCUUGGAAAUAACAAUUUAUCUGGGAUGAUACCAAAGUCCUUGGGCCAGUUACAAUGGCUCGAAUCAUUGCAUCUGAACGAUAACAAGCUUUCAGGAGAGCUCCUCUCGUCUUUCCAAAAUUUAUCAAGGUUAGAACUCCUUGAUCUCAGUUAUAACCAGUUAUCGGGUAAGGUUCCUUCAUGGAUUGGAACUGCUUUCAUAAAUCUUGUAAUACUCAACUUGAGGUCAAAUGUAUUUUUUGGAAGACUUCCCUUCCAGCUUUCAAAUUUAAGCUCCCUACAUGUCUUAGACCUUGCACAAAACAAUCUGAUGGGUGAAAUUCCAGUCACUUUGUUUGAGCUUAAAGCCAUGGUUCCGGAGUAUAACAAGAAUAUAUAUCCUUUGUAUGACCAUGUGAGCAACUCUUGUAUGAAGAACGAUUGGUGGUGAUUAUGAAAGGCCAAAGUCUUGAAUACACCAGGACUCUUUCUCUGGUUGUAGGCAUAGACCUAUCCGACAAUAAUUUAAGUGGAGAGCUUCCCCAAGAAAUAACAAAAUUGUUUGGUUUGGUGGUUUUGAACUUGUCUGGGAAUCACAUCAGUGGCCAAAUUCCUGAAAGCAUUUCAAUGUUGCACCAGUUAUUAUCUCUUGAUUUGUCAAGGAAUAAGCUUUCCAGCAGCAUUCCUUCAAGCAUGGUUUCAUUAACAUUCUUGAGUUAUUUGAAUC